AUGUCCCAAGAGAACAUCCCGGCUAACGAUAUAACGGAAUUAUGUGACCCCUACGGAGAUGUCGUCCUCGCUGUGGGAGAAGGCACAGGGGAGAAAGUGAGAAAGUUCCUGGUCUUCUCCAGAGUAUUGAGUCUUGCGUCACCAGUCUUUGCAAAGCUCUUCUCCCAUAACUUCUCAGAAGGAAUCGAAAUCAUGAAAGGCACAUGCCCUGAGGUCCCACUUCCAGAGGAUGACCCCGAAGUUAUGGGAACAAUCUUUCACAUGCUCCACUACCAGGAGCCAAAAGAGGUCGCGCCAAAAGAGCCAGAGUUCAUUGCUAAAUUUAUUGUUCAUGCCAACAAGUACGACUGCGUUGGGGCUUUGAGAGCGUGGAUAACAAAUUGGCUGUGCGACCACCGCCUGGAAGUGUCUCCUAGUCGGAUAGCAAUCGACUACGGCCACCUGCUCCUAUCCGCUUACCUUUUUGGUGACGCACACAUCUUUCUCACCAUCUCAGCUCGAGCACAGAAUUUGAUGGCCCCAGGCAAUUUCAAUGAGUGGGAGCAAUCUAGUAUGCUCCAGCCUGGUCUGUUUCCACAGCAGAUCGGAUUCCGUCUGGAAGAGAAGAUAGAAGCGACAUUGGACAAGAUAUUCGACAUGUUACACGACGUGGAAGGAAGACUUACGCGACAAAUAGGCGGCUAUACGAUGGAAUCGAAAUGGUGUGUUCUCUGUGAAUCUAUACAAAACUCUGCCAACCAGAAAUGCACCUGUCGACAAGAACGCUUUGUGCGGCGCUACUGCACCAGUGGACACAGAGUGUUGACAUAUAUGGCAGUAUUGAAAAAGGCGGACCUACGACCCUCCAAGCCAUCGCAGCUUAGGGCUUAUUCAGCUACAGAGCUCUCUGGGAAGAUCGAUUCGAUGGCUAGUUCUCUAACCCACAAUUGCCAGGCUGGGUCGAACUGUCCGUUGAAACUGGAGAUGGCAAAAUGCUCUUUGGCUUGUAAGAAUAUACUGCUGGGGGAUAAGGGCAUGUUGCUGUCGGACUUUCGUUGA